AUGUCUACCGACGACAACAGCUCCGGUUCCUCGGCCCUGCGUUCCAUCACCAAGCUUCGUGGUAUGGACUCCUUCGUUCAAUGGGAGACGCAGAUCACCGCCUACCUCAUCCAUCACGGCGCACACGCAGCUGUGCUUGGACUCCUUGCCGAGCCCAACCGUCGAGCUGUCGACCCUCUCGUCCCAGGCGACCACGAGAUCGUUUUCCCUACUGGCCAUUACGCCGGCCUGCUAGAGCCCAACGACGAUCAACGCCUUGGCGCAUGGACCCAAACUCUCCGUGCUGCCUGGACCUCUUGGCAAAAGGCCGAGAACGUCGCUCGCGGUGCCAUCUACUCGACUGUCGAGCGCUCUGUACUCAGCCAGUACAAGCAGCUGUGGUCCGCGCAUGACAUCUUCGAAGCUCUGUGCACCCAGUUCCGUCUGGACACGGCUGAACGCAAGUCAGCCCUCAAACUUCGACUCAACAACCUCUACCUCAGCAACGUGCUGCCCGAGUCGAUGCGUGGUCACCUCAAGUCCUUCAACGACAUCUGCAGUGAACUGGAGGACAUCGAGGCACCCAUCUCCGAGAAGGAACGACUUGAAACCUUCUUCAACUCCGUUCACCGAUCUCUCGAAGAGCCUCUUCGAUCUGAGUUCCGAGCCUUCCCCGUCGAUCAGCAGACCUGGGCUCACUUCACUCGUCUUGUGACUGAGAAGGCCGAUCGUAUUGCUCGACAGAAUGAACGUGCUGCUGCUUCCACCAACACACCCGCAGUUUCGGCUCUUGUCAGCAAGGACGGACUCGACAAGGCGAAGAAGCGCUCUCGCGCCAAACGCGGAGGCGGCAACAAUGGCAACCGCUCCAGCUCCAACGACAACAAUCAUCGAAACCAGAACAACAAGCAGCCGCGCAACAACUCCUCGAGACAGCAGCAUGCCCAGACUGGCAUGUUCUGCACUCACUGUGAGCGCGACUCUCACAACACCGCGGACUGCCGCCGCAAGGCCGCAGGCUUGCCCUCUCGCAAGGCCAUCCAGGAGUUCGAAUACAGCUUCCAGCAGAAGCGUACGCCUCGAUCCAACGACGGCAUAUCAAACCUCAGUGCCCUUGCUCAUCUCUCGGCCAUCACAUCCUACGAGUCCAGCAGCCUUGCCUCAGUCUCCCACGACUCUGAGUGCAUUCCCCUCAUCAUCGACACUGGCGCGACUCACCAUGUCGUGGCCGACAGAUCCCUUCUACGCUCCAUCGUGAAGGUUGAUCCUCCUCGCCGCUUCAAGGUUGGCAGCAGCAACACUCUGUUCUUCGACUCAUCAGAGAUCGGAACUCUCACCUUCGAACACGGCAAGGACGUCAUCACCAUCCCUGAUGUCUACUACGCACCAGUGUUAGGGGAGAAUGUCAUCUCCGACAUUGCCCUCGAACGCACUGGCUGGAUCCUCGACACCAUGGGCCGCAAACUCUUCAACGGUGAUACGAGCAUUGCCAUCGAGCGUGCCCAAGGCAUGUUCGGCGGCCGCUUCCACACUUGGGUCCCAAAGCAUGGCACCCUCUCCUCUAUGACGGCCACCCUGCCAGCUGGCUUCGAUUCGCCACUGUUCCAGCUUCACCGGAAGCUCGGCCACCUUGGACGCUCCACGUUACUCAAGGCUGCAGAGGACAAGCUCCUUGGUGACGUCUCACUGGCAGCUCUUCGGCGUGACCGUUUCACGCUUGCAGCCUGCGACACCUGCCAGGAAGCCCGUGGACAAGCUCUACCAAAGAAGAGUACCAGUCCCCGAGGUUCCAAGUCAGGGGAGCGUGUCCAUGCCGACAUCAAAGGCAUGAUGCAACCAUCCAUCAAUGGAUGCCAGUAUUGGCUUGGCUUCGUAACCGACUUUACUGGCCUACGACUUGCCUUCCCCAUGUCGGACAAGACCAAGGCAUUUCCCCAACUCAAAGCGGCCAUCUUGCAGUUCGAACUACACAGCCAGAUUCGAGUUGCCUUCGUUAGGACCGACCGAGGAACCGAGUUCACAAGCGGAGAGGCUCAAGACUGGUUCACGUCCAAAGGGAUCAUUCACGAAGUCUCUCCUCCCUACGUCCACGAACUCAAUGGCGUAGCUGAACGCCUCAAUGGUUACAUGGCCACCAUGCUCCGCUGCAUGCUCAUCGGAGCUGGCCUGCCCCACGAAUACUGGGAGUACGCCUGCACCGCUGCCAACAUGGUCCUCAACGUUACAAGAAAGAACGAGGAGAACAAGACCCCAUGGCAAUACUGGUCCAGUCGCCCCCUGAACGUCGUCAAGCUACUUGAAUAUGGGCUUGUCGUCUAUGCCCUGGUCCUUCGCCCUGCACCGAAGAAUCAACCAACCCACAAAUCAGACCUCACUGUCCCGAAGCGAGUCAAGUGCCGUAUUCUCUGCUUCUCACCUCGGGCCAGUGCAUGGCUUGUCCUCGUAGAACACAACCGUGAGGUUGCUGUAUCACGAGACAUCUCCCUCUCUCCGACUCACGCCCCUCGUGAGAAGCUUCCUCCUGCCCCUCCUGUCUAUCGCGGCUCCGUCGAGCCCAAGACUGACGCAGUGCCUGCACCCUAUCGACACCCCCAGCUUUCAGCUGUGGCGAUCACCAACUCUAUCGUCGAAGGGGAGGAGACCCAUCACCUGGCCUCCAUUGCAGCUGAGCAAGCAUUCUACGACGAAGAUCCUAAGACUGUCGCUGAAGCUCUAGCCUUGCCUGACGCUGAGCAAUGGAUUGAGGCGAUGAAGAAGGAGAUCGACAAUCUCGUUGGCAAAGGCACCUGGUCCGAAGCCAAGUUACCCAAGCACAAGAAAGCAGUCACUGCUAAGUGGGUAUUCAAACGGAAGCGCGAUGCAGAUGGCAACGUCGUCAAGUACAAAGCAAGACUUGUUGGCCGCGGUUUCUCUCAGAUCCCUGGUGUCGACUUCGAGGAGACCUACGCCCCCGUUGGUCGCAGCACAUCCUUGCUCCUCAUCCUCAGCAUCGCUGCUCGCUACAACCUAGAGCUCCGCCAAGCCGACGUAGAAGGUGCUUACCUCAAUGGCACCAUCGACAUCGAGACCUACCUGCUUGCCCCCGACGGCGUUGAACUCGAGACCCCUGGCAUGGACUGCCUUCGUCUACACAAGACCAUCUACGGCCUUCGGCAAUCUGGCCGCGCCUGGUGGCUUGAGCUGAUGCAAGCUCUACAGCAGCUCGGCUUCACACGCUGUGAAUCUGACUGGGGAGUCUACGUCCUUCGGAACUCCGAUGGUACCCCAGCAGCUUUCCUCUUGGCAUAUGUGGACGAUCUUAUUCUCGCGACCUCCACCAAGCACGAGGCUGACAUCGUCGUCCAAGCCCUCUCAAGCUUCUGGAAGAUCUCUGAUCUAGGGGAGGUUACGCACAUUCUCGGGAUGAAGGUCGGACGUGAUCGCUCUGAGCGGACGAUUCACCUCUCCCAGGCUACCUACAUCGACCAGCUUGUGACUCGCUUCAAGGCUGAGAACAUCAAGUCUGGCAAGUACGCUCCUCUCCCUCAAGGGGAGCUACCCGCGCCGAGCAAUGUGGCUGAAGACGCAGUCCCUGCUCGCGCGAAGAUCUACAAGGAACUUGUUGGUGCACUGCUGUGGCUUAGUGGUCGCACCCGCCCCGACAUUGCAUUCGCUGUCUCUUACCUUGGUCGUAGUGCUUGCGCUCCCACGGAACAGCAUCUGGCUUUGGCACGCCGAGUCUUAGCGUACUUGAGGUACACUCGUGAUCUCGUCCUGACUCUUGGCGGUACUGAAGAUCCACUCCAACUUUUCGUUGACUCGGACUGGGCUGGAUGUGUGCAAACGCGUCGCUCAACUACAGGGUACUGUGUAUUCCUCUUCGGCGGACUAGUUAGCUGGUGCUCGCGAAGACAGGGGAGCACAGCAGCUUCCACUAUGGAAGCUGAGUAUGUUGCCCCAGCCGAAGCAACUCGUGAGGUAGUGUGGCUCCGUGCCCUACUCUCCGAGCUCGGCUUGCCACUUCUCGGCCCCACUGUCGUCAACAUCGACAACGAGGCUGCCUUGAGAUUGGGCAACAAUCCGACUGUCUUUGCACGGUCGAAGCACAUAGACAUUAAGCACCACAUCGUGCGUGAGAAGGUUGAGGACAAGAUCAUCGAGCUUCGCUACAUCCCUACCGAUGAGCAGAGAGCCGAUAUCCUCACCAAAUCUCUUCCAGGCAUCAAGCAUACCGCGAACACUCGCGAUCUUGGCCUGACGAUCAAAACAAACCCCUGA